CCAGAUUUAGGAUGUUUUCUAGGCGUAUCGUUAUGUAACAAAUAGAGUAUAAUUGCCGGUGCGCGGCGAACGGGGAACCUCAUGAGCGAAAGCCUUUUUUAUCAAGCGGGCCCACCAGUAGGGUGUCUUCUGUGUAACCCUUUUCUUUGGCGUCUUUGACUAGGCAAGGAAAAAAUCCGUCACUUCCGGGGCGAUAAGCAGAUUUGGCCUCCUCAAUCCCACGUCAAAAGUCCCGCGAACAGGGGGCAAAGUGCCCAAUCAUCGUGCCACGCGAUCCGGGGGGCAUUUUAGCUCGAAGAUCUGGUAGGCGACCCGCAAUUUUGCCGCGAUUCUUGCGAAAGGGGAUGCAAUCUACUCGUACCUCUUGCCGAGCCAGUCGAAUCCCGCUACAGUCGGGAGGGGUGAAUCACGAAAAAGGUGAAUCCUGAAGGUUCGGCCUGAGCUUACAAGAGCUGUCAACAUGUCCCGGAGACCAGAGAAUGAAAAGACAAAAAAGGUCCUGCGAUUUGUCACCAUAGACCCCUCAUCCAGCCGAGGAAGAUCAGAUGUUCGCCGGAUAGUACGAUCCCAUGCUGGAGGAUGGAUGUGGCGAAAACUUCGAGCGGCUCAAGGAAAUUCAGAGCCCGCCCUUGAGGAGGAUUCGCUCGAGCCCGAUGCAUUCACGACCGAGGAAUUUGACGACUUAGAUCAGCCGACUCCCUCUACUAGGAAACCCAGCGCUUCGGCAGUGGGGUUGCCAUCGGAUUCACAGGUGCCGAAGGAUUCUGGUCGCGACAGCACACGAAGAAAACGCAGCAAACGAGCUUCUAUGGAAUUGAGCAGGGUCAGCUGUGACCAACUGGAUCCUUUUCAGUGUUACAUAUCAUCAUCCCCAUUACCAAGCGGGCUCGUUAGCAACUCCAAUAAAUACUGUCUUUCGGUGCUGUGGCCUGGUCUGAUGCCCAAAUCCUCAAUUGGUGGCGUCGUUCAUGCUGGAAUUGAAGGCUGGUUCUCGAGCUCGCUGGGUCAUCCAGCUCUUCACAGCGCCAUGCUGUUUGGAUCAUACUCCCAUCGGCGGAUAAUGUGGUUGCAAAAAAAGCAGAGCGAGUUCAGUGCCGACGACGAGAAACAAAUGUCGAUAUGCGAAGCGGAUUCUAUCAUGAGGAUCAAUAGAGCGAUUCAGAGUCCAUCCGAGGCAAUCACGGAUGCUAUUAUCCUGUGCGUUCUUUGUAUGGCGAAUAACAAGAAUGAACCUCCGUUGGGUCCGGAUUUCCAGGAGUCGCCAUUCCAAUCACCACUGCGCAGUUUGCAAUGGCUUGAUGUUUAUGGUCGAUUGAAACCGCAUCCUAUACAUCAAGCUGGAUUGGUCCAGUUAGUGUAUCUCAAGGGGGGCCUUCAAACCAUCAAGCUACCAGGACUUGCUGGUGUAAUCUCCUUCUCCGAUGUCUUGGCUGCUAGCAGGUCUUUAUCACAGCCACUUUUUCCCUGCAUAUCCCUUCAGGAAGGAGAAUUCCUGACAUUAAAUCAAAUCAUCAAUUUCCAGCAUCCUAUGCUAAAUAUGGAUAUUGACAUCGUCAGCGAAUUGCCCAUCACCUCUGAGAUGCAGGAGAUUUUCAGUGCUUCACGUGCAUAUCUGGCUUUGAUCGACAGAUACCAAGAUGGAGUUUAUGUGGCGUUGGAGAUGUUGGCCGACUUUCGAAACCUGGUCCAAUGGCACAUCAUGUCUUUAUUGCCAGGAAGUAAACUGGGCCCAAAUAUCACAAAUUCAUACCCUCUAUAUGAAGCAUGUCGACUGGCACUGGUAAUCAUGGGGUUGGGGGUGAUUUUCCCACUUCCCCCUCAGUCUGCUCCCCUGUUGGAGCUCUCCCAGAUGUUGCAAGCCCAGCUCCAAUCGGUGGAGGAUAUCGCCCAGAUAUAUUCAUCAGUGAGCAUCAAACUUAUGUACUGGUGUCUGAUUCUCGGCGGUAUCGCUGCUGGUGAAUCGCAAGAAAGAUUGUGGUACGGCGAGGAGCUUCGACGUCUGGCUGGACCCUAUGGUCUACCUGUGUGGAAUGAGGUCAAACGAGAUUUGAAAACGAUAUUAUGGUUGGAUAGAGCAUGCGACUUUGGUGGGAGGAUUUUCUGGGAGGAAGCCUUGUGCCUGCGGUGAGCCGUUCAUGGCUUGUUAGUAUAGGUAUUAGAAUAGAGAAGAUUCAGUGAUUUAAAACUUAGAUCUGGGG